AUGACGAUGAGCUACAGGGGGGCUUGGUAUUUUGGAUCAAAUGCAUAUGAUUCACAGUCUAGCUCCAAUUCUGACGAGGAACCACAAGAAAUUGAUGCACAACAAAUAGAACAACAAGAUCAACGUAAACCAAGGUUUACAAAUGAGUUGAGGCAUCUCAUUUUACAUGAAAUGUUGUCACUUAAAGUAAGUGACUCACUCCCACAUGGUACAUUCGUACGAAUAGCAAACAAAUACGGUUACACACCAAGAUCAAUUCGAAACUUAUGGAAACGUGCAAUUGAAACCAAAGAAGAAAACAAGCCUUAUGUUGUCGACUCAAAGUACAAGAAUUGUGGAAGAAAAAGAGUUCAAGUACUAACAAACGUACUUGAAUCAAAACCAAUGGGUGAACGUACAUGCAUAAGAGAUGUUGCAACAUGCUUAGACUUGGCACCAACAACGGUUUGGCGAUUGAUACGAAGGGGGGAGAUUAAGGCACAUUCAAAUCCAUUACACCCUUAUUUAACGGAUGCAAACAAGGCAAGAAGGGUUGAGUGGAUUUUAAGUCUCAUUCAAGAAGAUACAAUUCAUCAUCAUCCAAUGUAUAAAGGUAUGUAUGACUUCAUACAUAUUGAUGAAAAAUGGUUUUACUUAACCAAGAAGACACAAAGAGUUUAUCUAGCACACAAAGAAAAAAUUCCAUAUAGGGCGGGAAAGUCAUCAAAAUUCAUUCCAAAAGCCAUGUUUUUAGGGGCGGUUGCAAGGCCUAGAUGGAAUCAAUAUGGCCAAUGCACAUUUGAUGGGAAAAUCGGAAUUUUCCCUUUUGUAAGUAGGGUUGCAGCACAAAGAAAUUCAAUUAACCGUCCAAGGGGGUCUAUAGAAAUUAAACCAACUGAUUCGGUUACUCAGGAAGUUUAUAGGAGCAUGCUCAUAGAACAAUUAAUUCCAGCAAUUCUUAGAAAAUGGCCAAAUGAUGGUCCAUCGAUAAUUUUCAUCCAACAAGAUAAUGCAAGGGUUCACAUAACAAACGAUGAUCCAAUUUGGCAACAAAACAACAGGAGCAUACAAUCACUUAUGCAUAAGAAAAUGCCAAAGAACAUGAAUGAGUUAAUAAAAGCAGUGGAAGAUGCAUUCGAAGAGUUACAUCCAAAGAAUUUAACCAAUGUUUGGAUUUCAUUACAACACAACUUAAAUGAAAUCCUAAAGGUUAAAGGGUCUAAUGACUAUGUUCAGCCACACCUAGGGAAGAAAGUUCAAGAAGACAAUGGAAGGUUACGAAUACAAGUGCGAGUACCAUCACAAUUGGUUAGGGAAUGUGUACGUUUCCUUAACCCAAGCACAAAUUAG